AUGGUUUUAGUCGGACUUAUCCCCUUUUUGGCCAUUGCGUCAUCUGUUCACGCAGCUGCUAUUCCACUUGAUUCUACACCACCUGCCUCACCCGCAUUAUCAUUACAGAACAGUGCUACUUUUUCACCUAUUCCAAGUUUUUCACCUCAGUUGAACGUCCCUUCGCCAACUUUGCCCAGUGCCAUCACUGUUCCUACCCCUGGUCAAUUCGAUGAUUCCUCUCUCAAUCAUAACUCAAAGUACAAGUCCGAUCAUGGUAUUAACGGUAAUGCUAAAUUUGAUGCUGCUCAAAACGGAAGUGUGACUGGGAAUGGAAAUGGGAACGUUAGAUCAGGGGCAGGUAUAGGUAGAGGUAAAGGAAUGACCAAUGCUGAGAGGAUGAGAAGAGGAUUAGGUAUUUUACCACCUACAAGGAGGAUGACGAGUAAACCAGUUAGAAGAAGUGCUCGACCCACUACGGAUACCGACAGUGCCAAUCAGGAUGCCACCAAUAGUGACGGUGUCACUCCUACACCAAAUGAUGGGAGCGUAGCUGAAACUUCCACUCAACCAAAUGACGACAAUACCUCUAAUACAGAUAGUAACAACAACGACGAUGAUACGGCUAAUACAGGGAAUGGACAAGUUUUAGCUUCAAAGAAGUAUUCGAUGAGAAUGAUGAAUCCUGAUGAUGGAAGUGAUAUGGGUUUAGUGACCGUUCCUGAUAAUAAUGAUAAUCCAUUAGUCGGAUAUUCACCUAACCCUGACACACCUGUCCAGAUGUCUAUGCCGGUAGAUCCAUCUUCGACACCAUUUACCAUCGCACCUUCCUCAUCCGAUUCCAACGGUGGUGGCGAUCAUGACGGAAAUGGGAACGGAGAUGGUGAUAACAACGACGACGAUGACAGUACUUUCGGUGGACCUAGAAAGGUCCUGGCUGCUGUUCCUCACAAGACAGCUUCUAAUCCAACCGGUGAUUUAGGUCAAGGUAAAGGAGAUUACGCUCCAGUAGGAAUGGGAUGGACAGAUGGGACAGGAUUACUUCAUCUUGAUUUAAAAGCUCUCAUUCAUAACCCAUCAACGGAUACCUCGAACUUCCCAACAGAUCCAACCGAUCUGACCAAUAAAUUCCCUACUAAACAGCUUUUAUCUCGUCCCGGAUCAGGCUUACCUGUAGAUCCAACAUCUGGUCUUCCCAUUGAUCCAUCCUCCGGAUUACCUAUCGAUCCUUCUACUUUAACUUCAUCUGAUCCGACCAAUCUACUUCAUGCGACGGUUUCCAAUCUACCCUUAGGACAAGACGGAUUCGGUGAUCCACAAUCGACACUCUGGACUUUCCAUCCUAACUCACAGAGAUUGUUAGCUCAUUAUAUCAAUUCGGACGGAAAUGCCGUGCCUACGUACUUCGUUACUGGAGGUGAUUGUGCCCAUACUAUUUGUCUGACAGGUGAUGUAGAAGCUUUCAGAAAUGCUCAAGGGUCAGAGGCUCAUGAAGUUCAUGUUCUCGCCGAGGCUGUAGCGGAUCUUUAA